UUGUAGCGUCCCGGAAGAGUUAGUGCUGCAAGGGUGUUUGUUGUGUUGUGUUUAUGUUGUGUUACGGUGCGGAUGUUCUCCCGAAAUGUGUUUGUCAUUCUUGUUUGCUGUGGGUUCACAGUGUGGCGCAUAUUUGUAACAGUGUUGAAGUUGUUUGUACGGCCACCCUCAGUGUGACCUGUAUGGCUGUUGACCAAGUACGCCUUGCAUUCACUUGUGUGUGUGUACAAGCAGCAUAUACUGUAUUAUGUGACUUGGUGGGCACGCUGUUUGUAUGGAGGGAAAGCGGACGUGACGACAGGUUGUAGAGGACGCUAAAGGCACGCCCCCAAUAUUGUUGUCCGGGUGGAAAUCGGGAGAAUUUGGGAGGGGCACUGAAAAUCAGAAGGUUUGGCAAGUAUGACUGGUUAGUGGUGAAUGUAUAACACCGGCAGGCCAGCUGUAAUGUUAAUUUGAUAUUGCCUCAAGGGCCAAAUGAAAUGAGGCGGCGGUUCAGAGUUUGACACCUAUGGUUUAAAUAAUGUUUUGGUUUUUCAGACAAACUGAUGAACUUGAUAGCUUUUCUGUUACAGACUAAAUACACAAUGGGGGCAAAACCUUUUCCUCUAUCUUGAAGGUUCUUAACAGAAAAUAGAGAAGCUCUGCAUGACAUCCUUGUGACGUUACUGACACCUAGUGGCCAAAGUACUACACAUCAAAGGUUUUCAUGCCAUAGGUUUUGCAAAACGGAACACAUCUGAUUGAAAUAUGAAAGUUGUUAGUAAUGGCCACCAACAGACAGAAUGAGAGUUUUGUAAGCAGUGUGUCUGACAUGUUGAAGGGAGGCGCUGUUCACGUGGACAUAGGUGGGCCUGGACUUACCUGUCAUCCAUCCAUUUCCUACCGCUUCUCCCUAAAACUGCUCAACAUCAUCAAAUGCAUGUAUGAUGUAUUGACAGGUCAAGUGCUCUCGGACACCCUCCUUAUAAAAACAGGAGUACGGCAAGUCCUCCUCUUCCUCAUCUCCAUCAACUGGACAAUGAACAUUUCAGUGGAUAGCCAGAGGACAGGUGUGGGGGGCGUGGCCUGCAGACCUACAGCGAAGCAGGAAAGCAGUCGGGAAGGAGAGGAGGAGUGGUUGAUGGCGACUGGCGAAGCACGAGGGGAGCGAGAGCAAGACAGACCACUCUUAGGAAACCAUUCAUGUGCUCGAUCGGGGAAAGACAAUUGCUGGAAAGCACAUAAAGACUUUGCACGAUCUGGCGUUUAUUGUAAAAUAAACAUUAUUGUUGACCCUGAAAGGAGUGGUGAUAUCGCUGACUGGUGGCCCAAAGAACCCGGGAGGAAGCGACUUCCACAAUUUGGCGCCCAAUGUGGGGCCACCAGAGUCGGGGAAGGACGACCCUCUGAUGGCUCUCGCGGCCGUGCUUGCGGAGUUGGCAACAAGCGGCCGCCAACAGCUGGAGGUCCUGCCGGUGAUGGCGGACCAGGUAGGCGGGGCACAGCCAGGGCCAACCGCCAUCAACCCUUCCUCCUCUCCUUCCCGACUGCUGCCUUUAGAAGAGCGACAGGUGAUUAGACAAACACUCUCAGAUGUGUCAUCUACGCACCUGUCGCUAAUCUCGAAGCCGGUUCUGCCACACCCCGCUUCGCUGAAGGUCCGCAGGCCACGCCCCCCCACAACAGGAUUACGCCGGAAUCCUUUUGAACAACUAGAAGACCUUGAUUUGGAUGACGACCUGGCUCUGAUCUCAGGAACACACGCACACAUUCAGCACAAGACCACCAGUAAACAGAUAGCAUUCAAGAGAAACACUGGGAAGACCAAGGUCAUGAGGCUCAACACCAAAUCCUAUCAACCUAUCACAAUCGAGGAGCACCACCUGGAAGAUGUGGUGGACUUUGUCUACCUGGGAAGCACAGAUGGAGGAGCUGAUAAAGAUGUCGAGCUGCGCAUCAGCAGAGCCAGACAUGCCUUUGGAACAUUCCAGAAACACCAAAAGCAGAAUGUUCUACACAAAUGUAAAAUAUGUCCUUCUUUAUGGCUGUGAAACCUGGAAAACCACCAUCAAUAAACUACAAGUGUUUAU